AGAGUCCAGCCCAGCAGGCUCGAUCUUCUGAGUGACGACGGAGCUGAGCUGCCCUCUGUUGGUCUCUGACCUCUGACCCCUCAGCUGUCGGUUCUGGCUGCCGUGAGGCUCUGUGCUGAUGAUGAUGAUGAAGAGGAGGAUGAGGUGCCGUCGCCACUCGACUGCACGUGUCAGCAUGUGAAAGGAGGGCAAAGGUCAUCUGACGCGCAGAGCGAUGAGUUCUUGAAAGUCAUGGAUUACACAGACUUUGGAGAACCUUUGGAGUUCGUCCGUAAAGAUUUUCCCUGUUAAAGAACAUUAAACCGAAUUAAAUCACGUCUUUUUCUGUAGGAAUCUCUUUUCUUUUUCAUUUUUUCCCUGCACACUCAUUACUUUGCUCCUUUUUCCUGCUCUCUCCAUCCUGUCGGGAGUUUUCUUCUUAUUUUUUAUUUUCAUCGUCCUCUCGGUCGGAGGAAAUGGCUCUGUCUGCUUCGAUACGAGGAGGGACGACAGGAAGGUGAUCCCUGCAGGGAGCGAGGCCGAGAGACAAACCAGGAGAGAGACGGAGAGAGACGGAGAGAGGGCAAUAUGUCGUGGAAGAGGAACUAUUUUGCGUCAGGGAGCAGUGGAAGCGGUGUUGGUGUUGGUGGUGGCGGAGGCGGUGGCGGCGGCGGUGGCGGCGGCGGUGGUGGUGGUGUGGAUGGUGGGGUGCAGGGAAUCUUGACUCCUCGCACCAUGACGUCCAUCGCUCCCAGUAAAGGGCUGAGCAACGAGCCGGGACAGAACAGCUGCUUCCUGAACAGCGCCCUGCAGGUCCUGUGGCACCUCGAUAUCUUCCGUCGUAGUUUCCGUCAGCUGACAACUCAUAAGUGCAUGGAGGACUCGUGCAUUUUCUGUGCUCUGAAGAGUAUCUUCGCUCAGUUUCAGUACAGCAGCGAGAAAGUUUUACCGUCCGACGCUCUGCGCAGUGCGCUCGCCAAAACCUUCCAGGACGAGCAGAGGUUUCAGCUCGGCAUCAUGGACGAUGCUGCAGAGUGCUUCGAAAACAUCCUGAUGAGGAUUCACUUCCACAUCGCAGAUGAGACCAAAGAAGACAUCUGCACCGCCAGGCACUGCAUCCCCCACCAGAAGUUUGCCAUGACGCUCUUCGAGCAGUGUGUGUGCAGCAGCUGUGGAGCUUCCUCAGACCCUCUGCCCUUCAUUCAGAUGGUCCACUACAUCUCUACCACCUCCCUGUGCAACCAGGCGGUGAAGAUGUUGGAGUCGAGGGAGAAGGCGACUCCCAGCAUGUUUGGUGAGCUGCUGCGAAACGCCAGCAUGGGAGACCUCCGCAGCUGUCCCAGUCAGUGUGGCCAGCAGCUCAGGAUGGCUCGUGUCCUCCUCAAUAGUCCAGAGAUCAUCACCAUUGGUCUGGUUUGGGACUCUGACCACUCAGACCUGGCUGAGGACGUCAUUCACACCCUGGGAACCUGCCUGCGUCUGGGAGAUUUGUUUUACAGAGUGACGGAGGAGAAGGCCCGUCAGUCGGAGCUCUACCUGGUCGGCAUGGUGUGUUACUACGGGAAACAUUACUCCACCUUCUUCUUCCAGACGAAGAUCCGGCGAUGGAUGUACUUUGAUGAUGCACAUGUGAAGGAGAUCGGUCCCAAGUGGAAGGACGUGGUUUCUCGCUGCAUCAAGGGCCACUACCAGCCUCUGCUGCUGCUGUACGCCGACCCCCGGGGGACGCCGGUGUCGGUGCAGGACCUGCCCUCACGCCUCGACCUCCACCACCUCAACAAGGCCUGUUACGACAGCGAAGACUCGGGCCGCGAGCCGUCAAUCUCCAGCGACACUCGCACAGAUUCGUCGACGGAGAGCUACUCGUACCGACAGCCCUCACACUCUCACCAUGAGUCCCUGGCCAGCCACUACUCCUCCGACUCCCAGGGAACUGUCAUCUGCGUCGAACGCCCAGACGGACCCCUGCACGCCUCGCUCUGCAGCCUGGAUACCAUAGGCCACGUGACGGACAGUGAGCAGCACCAGUCUCUGAGGAAGGGAGGCGGGGCCGGGGAUAGGAGGCGGAGCUCUAGCCGCCCCCGACGAUCUAAACCCGACAACGAAGCCUCAUCGGCCGGGUACCACAGCGAGGGAGAGACGUUGAAGGAGCAGCAGGUUCCUCGUCACCUCCCCAAACCUUCUUCCUCCUUCUCAUCCUCAACCAGUCGCCUCCGAGACUUCAAAGAAACCAUGAGCAACAUCCUCCACAGCCGACCCCUCUCCUCCUCUUCCGCCACCUCUUUACCGGCUGCCGUCCUCUCGUCUGAAAUCACCCCCGCCACCAACAGCCACCACCACCCUGCUACCACCUCCACCCCCUGCUCCUCCUCCAAUAAACCCCACGACUGGGAGGCUGACAGCACCAGCAGUGAGUCCAAGUCCAGCUCCUCUGGAGGAACAGGGUCAGGGAGGUACCGGCCAGCAUGGAAGCCCCGGAGAGAGGCGCUCAACAUCGACAGCAUCUUCAACCGUGAGAGGCGAAGGCAGGCGGGAUACAGCCCGCUCGGAGCCUCCCUGCCCGACGACGGUGGAGCUCCAGCUCCCCAGGCAGCAAACGCAGAGGUGCUGUCUGUCAGACCGGGCUCUUCCUGGACUCUCCCCACCACCCCCAGCAGCCACAGAGGAGGUGGAGCCGGCCCUGGAGGGGGAGGUGGAAGUGCAGGAGACAGAGAGGGUGCAGAGCUGCCUCCACCUCCUCCUCCCCCUCCUCCUCCUCCUCCUCCUCCUCCUCCUCCUCCUCCCAGGCUGAUCCAGAGGAUGGAGAGUGGAUACGAGAGCAGCGAGAGGAACAGCAGCAGCCCUGUCAGCCUGGACCUGAACCUGGGAGACAGGGAGUGUGUUGUGAAGAAGCCUUCGAUCUCCUCCUCUGCCUCAGGGCCGUCAUGGAGGAACAUCCGAUCAAAGAGCAGCGGCGCUCUGCUGCAGGAAGUCAGCUCUUCCAGCAGGGGGAGCCCUGUGCCCCCUGCAGGCCGCAGUGAGCUGGAUGAGCUGCAGGAGGAGGUGCUGAGGAGAGCGAGAGAGGAGGAGCAACAUCGACGACAGGAGAAGGAGAGGGAGGCGGCGCUCGGCUUCAACCCAAGACCCAGCAAAUACCUGGACCUGGACCAGCUGCAGAUCCAGGGUAAAUGCGACAGCUUUGAGCGGUGUGUGUCGGAGGCGGAGCUCCUGCUGGACCAGUCGGUGCGUCUGGAGCAGGCGGGCGAGGUCACCGCUGCGCUGUCGGCUGUUAACGAAGCAGUUUCCAAACUGCAGUCGGCGGCGGCUGAGGGCGGAGCUAGUAGUCACAGCCGGCUGCAGCGCUGCCUGAGGAGAGCCCGCAGCCUGCAGCAACGCAUGCAACUGCAGCAGCAGCAGGACUCAAAGGCAGUCAGACAGCAACCACAGCAACCAGAGCAACAACAGGAGGAGGGGAAGCAGCUCCAGGAACAGCCCAGUGAAAAGCCUCUCUCGCUCCAAAUACUUCUGACGAAUAGACAGGCUAACCAAUCAGCUCCCAGUCAGGAUCAGCAGGCCCCACCUCCCUCUCCCUGUCUUGUUAAGCCCCUCCCCCCCCAAACAGACAACGCCUCCAGCCCUGGAGUCCAUAUCCUUACAGGUUCUCCCAGGGAGGACAGCAGGACUGGGGGCCCCUGCUCUCGCCUUGGGAAACCCCUCUCAAACACUGGGUCCCUCCCGGCUCUCUGUGUGGAUGCUUGGGAGCAGAGUCCUCUGGAAGAUUUGGCUCCACCCCCUCCACCUGAGGAGGCGGACCGCUCUCCUCAGUGGACCAGAACACCCCCUGUCCCCAUCUCAGUGCAAGCCCCUCCCCCACCCAGGCCGCACUCCCACACGCCAUCACCUGUCGGCCCCAGCGACAGGUGCCAUCUGAUGAUGGAGGAGGAGCCUUAUUACAUCAGACAGGCACAGGCCACACCUCUUGUCUCUAGCCCCACCCCCAGACUAGCCCAGCCCCCUCCCACUUUCCCCACCAGAAACUGGUCCUGCUUACACCUGGACCUACCUGAUGCUGUUGAUUCUCCUGAUCCACCAACCUACACUCCCCCUGACUCACCCUCCGCCCCCCCCCCGCCUCCUGUGAGCCAGCCUGGUCGGACCUCCUCCCCGCGCCCCAGCCAGGACUACAGAGCGGCCCUGCCUGUGGAGCGCUGGGCGGAGAACGUCAACAGAUACUACGGUUCCCAGAGUGCAACAGCAGGAGGGGGGGCGGGAGCUGCGGCGCCAGGCGAGGAGCUGUCAGAGCUGGACUCGUUGUACCAGGCCAGCCUGCUGGCUCCCAGCAUGCACCGGGGCAACCGCGGAGUCAGUCCUCAACCAAACGGCAACAAACCAGGUGUGAGGAGAGGGCUGUCAGGAUCUGGACGGUCCAAAACACCGACAGCAGAGAUAGAGAGAUACGCCUACAGAUCAGCAGUUACAGCUCUGCACAAGCGUCCGUCAGCUGAAGACGAGAGCUACAGCGCAGAGAACCUGCGACGCAUUGCCCGCAGCCUGAGCGGCACCGUCAUCGGGUCACGACCCCAAAACCUCGGCCUCUCCCGCAGCUGUGACCCCUCUGUGUCCAGGCCCCCCCUCAGGCGUGCUGACCUUCACUCCUCCUCUUCCUCCUCCCUCCUUCGUCGCCCCAGCACCUCCUCUCUGCACCUCCCCUCUGCCUCCUCCUCCUCCUCCACCUCCUUCACUACAGAUCCCUCCUACCACCCCCUCCAACACCAACCCCGACACCACGGCCCCUCAGCUCCUGCACCUCCUCCACAGCACCCCCCCUUGCAGACAUCACGGCCCCACAGCUCGAGCCUCUCCUCCUGGGGACGCACAGGAGCUGGACCGGGUGUCCAGCAGCAGUUUCUGGUUGUGUCUGACAGGCAUCAAGCUCUCUCAGGUCAAGGCCUCCACAGCGUCGCGAUGAGUUACGGCACUCUGCCCCGGGCUCCUCGCCGAGCCCCGCCUCCCUCCUCCUCCCUCCCCAGGCCCAGACCUGGCUCCAGUCCCGCCCCCCUACCUAGUCCACACAAUCUCUACGCCACCCUGUCCCACCCUCGCCGCUCUGCCAACACCACCACAGCGACUAAUGGUCACUACCAGCAACCCAGUAAAGUCAACGGGUCCGCCCACUACGCUCCACACCACCUCAGGGUGCCGGGGGAAGCCCCCGCCCAACCUCUCCGCCUGGAUGUUCCCCCUGAGAGCGACUGGCGCCGUGAUGCCGACUACAGGACUGUCCGACCCAGCUCCACCUGGGACCGCCGCACCACUCGCCACCACCAUCCCCUCCAGCGGACCGACUCCCACCAGCCCCCCCCGCCGCCGCCCCGCAGGGACCCCCAGCUGUGCUCGCUCUGCCAGCAGCUUCCCGCCGAGCCGCCACGCCCCUACUGCUUGUCCUGUGGCGCUUAUGUGGCUCGGUUCUGCCCCGCCAGCUGAUGGGGCCUGAGGCUGACGGCAGGGGUGACCCUCCCCCUCCCCGACAAGUUUUCCUGCAGGCGCCUCGACAGGAGAGAUGUCACAUGUCCAUCAUGGUGCGGAGGUUUGGGUUUUUGUCUUUAACAUGUGCCAACGUUUGUUGAGACUGAGCGCUGCCCGUCGUCGGGCUGUGGGCGGACAUUUUAGUCUGGCCUUCGCUGCCCCAACCCCCCCCUCCCUCCCCCCGAUGAACAGUAUGACUCGGACAGAUCCACAUGCAGUACAUAUGUAUGACUGUCUGCGGGAUUUAAGCACAUUUCUAUUCCUACUGGAGGUGAAGCUCCGUCACAUGGUGGAGAAAGGUGGCAGGUAACAGAUGAACUGAUGGAAAAGACGAGUUGAUGAUGAGCAGCAGGUCACCUGCCGCUCACCUGUCGUCUGCUGAACCGCAAACACGUCAGUCUGAUCAGAAUAAGGAGGAAGUGACUCUGUACAGACCAAACAAACAGGAAACUCUUUAUCCACCAUCAUCAACGCAGCAGCCAUUGAUCAGCAGCUUUUCUGAUCGAUCACUUCAGUGAUGUGGAACAUUCACUGGUUCCAGGUUCUCACAGGAGAAUCUGCUGGGUUGUUGUGGUCUCACCUUAAAGGGGACUGAAUGUCUUUGGUCUUCGGACCGUUGGUCAGAUAAAACCAGAUGUUUGCAGAUGUUUGCUGAUCCCGGGUUAGGGUUAGGGUUAGGGUUAGGGUGAUCCCGGGAUCAGCCAGAAUCAGCCGGGAUCAGCUGCAAUCAGCCGGAAUCAGCCGGGAUCAGCUGCAAUCAGCCGGAAUCAGCCGGGAUCAGCCGGGAUCAGUUGGGAUCAGUUGGGAUUAGCCGGAAUCAGCUGGAAUCACAACCAAAUCACAUCCACAGAUGUGAUUCUGAGGCAGUGUGAUCGUUCCAUAGUUCGUCCACCAGAGAGCAGUGAAAACCAGGUUAAAGAAAAUCCUGAUCACGCUGAGAUGAUGUUGACAUGAAAGGACUCUGCAGGUGGGAGAGUCCGUUUCAGGUGAGCGUCAGUACCAUGAUCUGACUGCAGCUGAGCAGGCACACACCUGGACAGGAAAUGAAGGACAUGAGACGCCACUGAUGGACAGGAAAUGGAAAAGGAGCCUUCCUUCCUCCAGACUCUCUGAGAACCUUUGAUUAUAAAUCUACUCGACUUAUUCCUCUAUUUAUUUUUGUAGGCUUGUCAGACUGAGUUGUGCAUAGAUUAACUAAACUACCUGCCUAACCUGAGUGUUCUCCACUAUAGACCUGAUCUAAUUUUCUAAAGCGAGUUAGUCGCCUUGUGUGGGACGUCCAGCCUUCUUCUACAGUUCCCGGGGCUGAUUUCUGUCAUGUCAGAGCCUGUUAGAGGAUUUUAGACCAAUAACUAAAGCUUUUAUUUUACCAGAGCUGCAGCUAAUAUUUAGCAUGAUGUUUUCAGACGUAUUAUAGCCUUGAGAGAAUCGCUCCAGUUUGUGUACAUUAAUUGUAAUGAUGAUAUAUGCAGAUCUUUCUUAGUGCAGUGACUCGGCUGCGUUUAACUCUAAUUUCGUGCACUUCACAAGUGUUGAAGAUAGAUUUCUUUCUGUUGCUUGUUGCUGAUUUUUCCACGUCUCCCAUUGUUCAGGGAGGAGCUUCUCUCGUGUCUCUACUCAGACCACGUUAGCUUGGUUCGGUAGAUGAUGAAGGAAAACCUUAAAAUCAAGAAUGCUGUUAAUGAAGACUGAAAAACUUCUGUCCUACUGCCAAGAAUCCCGGGGCUG